GGCACACACCAAUAGUCCGAAUCACCAGCAAAUCCUGAAAUGGAACUAUCACAGAGCUGAUUAAUGAGGAGUUGGUGUCUGAAAGUAUCAACCCCGAACCUUCAUUUGCAUUGACUUACCGCGAUGUGUUUUUUGUGUACCGGAAAUGCAUCGUCAUAUUAAUGUUGAACAAAAAGGUUAUACUCUCAAGGCAUGAAUGAGUUAUCAACUCAUGCCCUUAACACCUUGUGCAUUCGAAUUUGUGUUUUCUUUACAAGAAUAUAGUUCAACAUGAGGAUGGAUAGAAGAAUCUGUGGUUUCAAGUGAUCGUGAAGUUCAAGUAACAAGAUGCCGACAUUCAGUGGCAAGGAUACAAAUCAGAUAUUCUAAGUAUCUUCAGCAUAUUUCGGAAUGAACAUUGUCUGGACGCUUGCUUUUCAAUGUGGUUUAAUCCCGAUUGUCAUGGGAGGAAAGUGGAUCAGCAUUAUGUCGGACAGUAACUCCUACAAGAAGGUGAAUGGGUUUGGGGUGAGAGUGACGGGCGCGAGUCACAUGCUGCUGGAGGUGAAGGCGUGUAAAGGAGCGGAGAUACAGCUGCAGCAGGAUGACACGGGCUCGGGUUCUUGGGUUUACUGCAAACUCGGCGGCGACUUGAACGAGUGGACAGCCAUGGCAGCCAGCGAGCUGUGCGACGAUGCCGGCUGUGGGUGGCUGGGUUACGACUACCAGCCUGUACUGGACUGUGACAACUUCAAGCCGUUCUGGCUGGCGUGGGACGCUGCCGGGAAGUUCAGUGUUGGAAAAGGGAACGUCCUGGGCUCUGACGUCCUGGUGACGGGGACCGUGACGCCGUUUGACGUCAACUUCUUCAUGGUGUCCCACAAUGACGCCGACGUUGUAGCAGAAUGGAGGAUCCUUGUUGACGAAGCCCCGGCGUUCAUCAGCCCCGCGUCAACGGGCACCACCGUAGUCGACGUCAGCGAGGACACUCCCACAGGCGUCAUCAUCUACACCGUGGCGGGGACGGACAACGAGGGAGACUCACUCACCUUCACGCUUGAUACCCAUGCUGAUGUAUUUGAGUUUGUUGGUGGAGGACUGAGGAUGCAACAGCCCCUGGAUUAUGAAACGUUGAACACCUAUCGGCUCUUGAUCAGCAUGUCUGAUGGUCGGAACACGGAGCAGGCGAUGAUGACGGUGCGAGUGACCGACGUCGUUGACGAGACGCCGGUAAUCACGUUGUCAGGGACGUUGUCUAUCCCGGAGGAGAUGGCAGUGGACAGCGUGGUCAGCAACCUCUACACCGUGGACGACCAAGACGAGGGAGACACACUGUCGUAUGCGAUAAGUGGAAGUGAAAGUACCUUCUUCAGUAUGGAUCCAACAUCCGGGGUAUUGAAGAUAGCUCAGAGAAUCGACCGGGACCAGGCGGCCUUGACCUCCGUCUCAUUUGACCUUACCGUGACCGACAGCUCUGGCCUUGGGUCGACCCAGACAAUAACUGCGACCAUUGUAGACAUCAAUGACAACAACCCUGCAUUCUUCGCGACAUCGUAUACGGUGGACGUCGCAGAGAAUACUCCGGUCGAUACCGUCGUCCUUGACCUUGUUGUGAACGAUGCCGAUGACGGUACCAACGUCGCCUCCAGAAUCGCCCUGCAAGAUGGUACUGCUCAAGACAUGUUCAAUGUGACCGGAAGCCAACUGAAGACCGUGACCAGUAACCUUGACUACGAAUCUCUGUCAGUUUACGAGUUCAUAUUUACCAUUGUAGCUGUCAAUGAAGACAAUCUGAGAACAGGAACGACAACCGUCAGUGUCAAGGUGACCCCGGUUAAUGAAUUCGACCCCGUGUUUGACACCCCCGCCGUGGACGGCACCAAACAGUUUCAGGGAACCAGUUUAUCAGAGGACGUCCCCGUCAACCACGAAAUCUCCUUCGCCGCCUCCGACGCCGACCUUGGAGUGGACGGUGACGUCACUUUUUUCCUCGUCUCCGUGCUGGACUCAAACGGAGGAGACAGUAGUGACAAAUUUGAAAUUGACUCUAACACCGGCAUCUUAAAGACACUUAGACCCUUAGACACUGACACCGCAACGGGGGGCGUGGCCUAUCAUGACGUAACGGUCAGGAUCACCGACGGAGCUAGCUCACCCAGAUCCUCGGACGGGACAAUGCGGUUGACGUUAAUUGACGUCAACGACAACAUUCCCAAGUUUGAUUCAACUCAUUACGCCGUCACCCUCAAUGAAGACAUUGCUGUGGGUGACGUUGUUGCUACAGUGGUCGCAACUGACGACGACGGUGACCAAGUCACACUCACUUUGGAAGGAGGAGGAAGUUAUUUCGAAAUAACCGGAAGUGACGUUGUUCUUAAAUACCCUUUAGAUUAUUCAUCAUCACCGCUUCAUGUAUUGACGUUAAGAGCAGAUGACGGAACGUUCACCACCAACGCUGUGAUGCUAGUUACCGUUGUAGAUGUUGUCUUGACAACGUUGAAGAUCGUGGUGGCCACAGACGCUGCUAUCCCCGAGGAUCAGAACGAGGGGACAGUCCUGAAGGGUGUGUUUGUGACCCACGGGAACACUGGUGCCGUCACCUACAGUCUGGGGGGCACAAAUGCUGGCUUCCUGUCAUUGAACCCAACUGGGGAGUUGAGUUACGGCUCGCAAAGAAUUGACCGCGACGGCAGUAGCGGUAUAACCACGUUGUCAGACAUCACACUGAAGGCAGUUGACAGCUCCGGUAACGAGGCCACAGCAGACCUCACAUUCAUCAUCAUCGACAUCAACGACAAUGCACCGCUGGCGACUGUGUUGGCACCGACGGCGCAGGUUCGAGAAAACUCACAGGAUAAUCAGCUAGUGACGUCAUUAGACUUCACAGACGCUGAUGAAGACUCCAACAGUAACGUCACACUCAACCUCGUCAGUGGUGACAUUCACAAUGUUUUCAAAGUCGUCGACUACGACCUGUAUGUCAGAGGCACCGGUAUCGACUACGAGGCUUUGACUGGAGACCACAGCUACAACAUCGCCCUCCAUGCUGUUGACAACCCACAAACGUCAACGCCGUUGACGUCAACCGUCACUGUUCACGUUGAGAUUCUGGGUGAGAACGAGUUCCAACCCUCAUGGACCUCCCCGACCGCCGGGGCCGGCUCCACCUUCCCCGAGGUGACCAUCAAGGAGUCAGCCACCCUGGGACAGACGGUGGAGACGUUUGUAGCCACGGACAACGACGGCGGCGAUGACGGACUGAUCACAUACAGCGUCCUUGACAUCAAGAAUCCUUCUGGCAUCAGCGUGACGGGCAAGUUUGAGAUGACGACAGACGGGCGUCUGGUGGUGGCGUCCCUGCUGGACUACGACGCCGACACUGGCGGAGUGGACUACUACACCGUCACCGUCGCCGCCAGCGACAGCAGCAGCACCAACGUGAAGAGCACCACCGGCAAUGUCAAGGUCAUUCUGGAGGAUGUUGAAGUGGAGAAUGUCAUUGUGUUGCCAAAGUUGCCCGUUGCCGACACGACGACGGAGUUGUGGGUGAUGAGGGCGUUGGUUGCCGUCCUGGGAGUCGCUUCCGCUGUAUUCGCUUGUGUCAUGAUCAGAAGUAUCAUAGAAACGGUGUCAUCUUCCACUCCAGAAGUCACUAAGCCACCAGACAAAGUUUGGAUGGAGCGGGCUGUGUCAGUGACGCCUCAUAUGUCUCUGGAGUCUGUGAUAAUUGAUGACGACGAUGAUACUUUUACAUCAGCCCAGUUCAGACCGAACACAACCACACCGGAGACGACACAACCGUCACUCGGUACCGGUCAAGGGAAGGACCAGUAAUAAGGAACAUAAGCACAUCCGGACAUGGUCAGCCACGAGGACGAGCUGGUGGUUCAGGGUUUGAAUCUCACUUCGGUUCUGUCUGUAGUGAAGGUGUCUGUGUCGCCAUGUUGUCACCAUUGCCAGUGAACACUGUGUGUUGUGUGUGUUGUGUGACAUGGUCAGCCCCGAGGACGAGCUAGUGGUUCAGGGUUUGAAUCUCACUUCGGUUCUGUCUGUAGUGAAGGUGUCUGUGUCGCCAUGUUGUCACCAUUGCCAGUGAACACUGUGUGUUGUGUGCCGAUAUCUUGUCAUUAAAGGAGUUCUGUCUCGCCAUCAUAGAUCAUUCUCAAUCAUG